UUCAAACGGCAAUCUAUCUCCGGAGAUCAUAAAGCAUUUCCAUGUAACGGUUAUAUAUCUCCUUAAUAUAACUGGCUCUCCAGCAUUGACUGUUAUUAGUGCCUGAAACUAGCCCCCGUUAUCCUUUGACUGUUACAUUCUGAGAGUGCUAGAGGAUAUAAAUGAUGCUGCCUUCAUUCCCAGAUGAUCUCAAGCCCAACUGUCUUUCUCUUAUAGGGCUGUAUUUGUCUGUGUCUUGACCCCGUGUUAACCGACUGAACGACUAUACCACGAUUUCAUCAUGGGAAACAACUUGCCCAGAGAAGCAAGAAGAAUACCCCAACCAGACUACUUAUCAGACCAAUUCAUACUAUCCCUAAUCAUAACCACCAUCACCACUUUGUAUACCAUAGUCACAGGCCAACCAUUCCCCUCCAGGUACGAACAACCACCCUCUUGACCCCAAGAUAUGAAUUGAAAAACCAAAACACCUAGCAGAACCCAUCUAUUCCCCCCACCAUCUCUAUAAACCGUAACCCUUCAGCCCGAGUCAAAAUCCUUACUCCCCUACUCCUCCUUCUAGCCGCCGCACACGCAUAUCCCCGAACAUCCCAACCCCCAUCACAGCCCCAUCCCACACUGCGUCCCUCAUCCGGACCCUCAAACCCCUAAUUAAAAAUCCCCGCAUUCCAAGCUUGAAAAGACAGUCCGCAUCUUCGGAAAAAGCAAACAAAAGUAAGCCAACAAAACCUCCCCCCCCCCCCCCCCCCCCCCC